AUGGCCUUGGCCCAUAAACAGGCUCUGGCUGAACUGACCAAGAAGUUGGGGGCUUUGGAAGAGCCCGAGGUGACUGGCCAGCUUGUCGACCUGCCUGAGUAUUACAGCUGGGGGGAGGAACUGACUGAGACCCGGAGCCAGAUCCAGAGUCUGAAUGGGCUGAAAUCUCUCUCAGCGGGAAGGGUGGUGGUUGUGAAGAAUCAGGAGCAUCACAACGCACUGGGUGUGAUCCUUCAGGUCUCUUCCAACUCCACCAGCAGGGUAUUCACAGCCCUGGUCUUGUGUGACAGUCCCGUGUCUGAGGACCCACGGGAGAGGGGGCCAGCCUCCCCAGACGUGCCCUACCCAGACGACCUCGUGGGAUUCAAGCUGUUCCUGCCUGAAGGGCCCUGUGACCACACUGUGGCCAAGCUCCAGCCAGGAGACUUGGCCGCCAUCACCACCAAGGUCCUCUGGCUGAAUGGGGACAAGAUCAUGGAGGACUUCAGCAAGUGGCAGCAACCAAAAUUCAAGAAGGAUCCGCCCUCUGCGGCCGUGACCACUGCUGUCCAGGAAUUGCUACGACUGGCUCAGGCGCACCCCACAGGACCCCCCACCCUCGACCCUGUCAAUGACCUGCAGCUCAAGGAUGUGUCUGGUCGAGGGGGGGCUCCGGGCCCGGAAGCUGGAGGAGCUGAUCCGGGGGGCUCAGUGUGUGCACAGUCCCCGUUUCCCUGCCCAGUACCUGAAGCUGCGGGAGCGAAUGCAGAUCCAGAAAGAGAUGGAGUGGCUGUGCUUCCUGCUGUCUGACCAGUCGCUGCUACUGCUACCAGCGAGUGCUCCAAAUCCUGGGAACUCCUGGGCCAGUGGGCACAUACCUCGAUGCGACUCGGCCUCGCCUACCACGUGCACGACCUCACUGGGGCCAGCUGGUGAACUGGUGAAUCUUGCGCCCCAGCCUCUGGAAGAUGACAGAGCAAUGACCUCAGUGUCUCUACCACUUCUGGAACCCUCCUCCGCCUGCCAGAGACCUGGGGACUCUGCUCGUCAUUGCACACCUCCCCAGGGUGGGGAUUGAGGGGCCCAGGAGGGCUGCCCACCCUGGAUGAGGCAGGGUCACCUUGGGAAGGCUUGGGAGCCAGGAUGAUUGCUGGGCUUGCUGCUGUGCCGAGGGUCAGAUGUGACUGCCACUGUUUACCUGGGCUGUGUCCCAGUGGAGGGGUUUGAGCAGUGCUUCUCUGCCCUUUCAUGGAAGAGGAGCCAGAAACCUUGCCAAGACCAUGGCUGCUGUCCUUCAUGCAGCAAGGUUCUGCCACUAUUCUGUCUGGG